CUGAUUAUGCGAUUACACGAGACAUGAUUCGGAUUUGUUUUGUUUUUUAUUUCGAAGUAAAAUGGGCAGUAUUUGAAAUAUGAGAAAAUCCUUGACCUUCCUAGUGGGUAUGGACUACUAGUAUAUAUAUAUAGGCUACCUGCGUAUCACAUAGACUACACCACUGCUCCAGAGAGAGAGAGACACAGAGAGAGACAGAGAGAGAUGGCAGAUCAAAUAUUGACGGACAACAAAAAAACUGCUGCACUGCUACUUUUACGUCGAAGACUGAAAAAUAGAGGCAAUCGAAUUUGCCUGUGCUUUGUUAUUUCGCAUCACUGAGAGUGUUUGAAUAAGAGCAGCGGUGAGACCCCUGAUUUUAAACUGAUCUCCCAUAGGGGCUUCAACUUUAUAUCUGGAAUCCACUUUCCUGAGGUGGUGGAUAAAAUUCAGAACUUAGAGAUUCGAGACUCCGAUGUCUUUGUCAUUACUUACCCCAAAUCAGGCACUAUUUGGAUGCAGCAAAUCCUUAGUCUAAUAGAGGUCAAGGGAGAUGUUAAAGCAACAAGUAAUCAGCUGAAUUCUGAUCGCAUCCCAUGGAUUGAGGUUUCAGACUCUGAGAAACUGUUUGUUUCUGCCCCCUCCCCGAGAUUCCGUGUGUCUCAUCUGGGAUAUAAAUUCAUACCACUUGGACUGAAACAAAAGAAGGGCAAGGUCAUCUAUGUGGCCAGAAAUCCAAAGGAUGUUUUGGUGUCCUACUUCCAUUUUCACAAAUAUGCAAACAUGCUGGAGACCCCAAAAGACUUUGAUGAUUUUUUUGAGAAAUUCAUGGAAGGAAAUGUUUAUGGCAAUUGCUGGUUUGAGCAUGUCAAGAACUGGUGCUCCCACAAAGACGAGAUGAACUUCUUGUACAUUACAUAUGAGGAGAUGAUCAAGGACUUGCGGUCAGUGGUUGAAAGGAUCACUUCGUUCUUGGGGAUGGACUUGACACCGCAGCAGUUGAAUGAGGUUGUUGAGCACAGUAUCUUCAGAAAUAUGAAGAACAAUCCUCAGGCCAAUUACCAGCUGGUCGAUAUCACCAUGCUGAACCACCAGCAGGGAACAUUUAUGAGGAAAGGAACCGUUGGUGAUUGGAAGAACUAUUUCACUGUGGCACAGAAUGAGAGAUUUGACAAAGUGUACCAAGAGAAAAUGAAAGAUGUUCCUCUUUCGUUCAUCUGGGACAUGAGUGAUCUUAUCACAUCAUGAUUUGUUUUUAUUCAGUCUUUCCAUGUAGGUAACAGUUUAUAAUAACUUUCAGUUAUAAGUCAUUUAUGAAUUAUUAGUUAAUGAUGAACUAAUCAUUUACAAAACAUGACUAUACGUUCAUAAAUGAUUGAUAAGUGGUAUGCUAUUUACAAAUGUGUUGUAAAUUAUCUUAAAAAAAUGUGUAAAUCAUGAAAUAAAUCAAACAGAUCAUUAGUAGAUGGUUUAUAAAUUAUUAGUCAAUACAUUAUUUAUCACUUAUAAAUAAUAGAAGUAUUUGUCAAAAUUGUUUUGUAUCAUUAUCUCAAUAAACAAUUGUUAAUCAUGAACAAAUGAUUAACAAACCAUUAAUAAAUGAUCAGUAUAUGAUUUAUUGAUGAA